UCUUCUUCUUUAAAAUGCCAUUUCAUGAUUUAAAAUCUUGAAAGUUUUGCCUUGUGAUUCUCAACAAGUUUUUACUAUUUCAUCACAAAAUCAACUGGCUAUAGGUGAUGACAUUUUUAUAUUUGAUGACAUUCUGGACUCUAAUCACAACGAUUUGGUGGAUAUGAUCACAAACCAACUUGCUCAUGGCAAUCAUGUUAGUCUCGUAUAUCAUGAUACCUACGACAGAUUUGACUCAAACAUUUUACUCGGCCUUGACUCCUUAUUCAAAACAUCUCAGAAUGUUUAUGUCAAAUUUACAGAAUACGACGACCAACAAGCGCAAACAGAUUUAAUUUCACCAGACAAUACACAAAAUGAAUACCGUAUUGAUGCUAUUGAUUUAGCUGAAAAGUACUACCAAUUUGGCCUUUCUCAGCAUACAAUUGGUUCAGUAUCCAUCUUUUCUAUCCUAGUCAAAGAUACAGAUGCACAAUUUAACCUGGUGAAUAUAUCACAUUGUUCAAACCAUAUUAUGGACCAAUUCUUUACUUUUUGCACUCAAGGCAGCCAACAACACAAUAUAUGGCUUUAUGAACUUGAACAUAGUUCAAGCAUUAUUUAUCUUAAUUACAUUCAUCCCUCAGAUAACUUGGCUCAAUUAAAACACACAUUGGAUUAUGCUUCAUCACUUUCUCAACACAAAUCAACAGCCCAUACCACAAAAUCAGUAUUAUCGUCUGAUGAAAAUCUACAUCGUAUCAUCUCUCGUUUAUCAAACGAAAUACAAAUGCUCAAGCAACAAAAAGGCAGAGAAUCUACCUCGACUUACUCCGAGGGACCAAGAAAUAUCUCUAUGUUUUCAUCUGUGUCUAAUUCAACGAGUGCUACUAUCCUUACAGAUGAAAAGUUUGACCAUGACAUACAUGAUCUUCAUCGACAGAUAGAAGAACUGGAGAACCAAGUUACUGUCACCCGAGAACGCAACACACUGGUUGAACAAGAAUUAGUUGAUAUAAGUAACAACAAUCAACGUCUAUGCAAAAUAAAUGAUACACAAGCCCAGCUUCUAGAUGGACUAGAGCAAAAAAUUACAGAGACAGAGAACCUUGUUCAAAUCUUGUCUCGACAAUUAGUAGCUGAACGCUCACUGUAUGCAGAGCAUUAUGCGCCCGAUAAACGCGAAUUAGAAGACUGUCUAAAAGUGAUUCAGCAAUUGGUGUCUAAGCAAGAAGAACAGCAUUCACAUGCGAUAGAAGAACUGAUCAUCAUACAGAAAUGGCUAGCUUCCAAGAAUGAUGCACUUAUUGAAGAAGACGUGUUUGAUACCUAUUUAGAUCAUAUCCCUGAAGAACAAGACUGGAAACAGGCAUUCCAGCAAUUGCAGCAAAAGACAUUGGUGCUUGAAAGAAAAUUAGUGGAAACAGAAGCUGAUUUAGACGUCUGUCGACAAGCCAUUCGAAAUAAUGACAACUCAGGUCUUGUUGGUAAACUCGAAAACGAUAUUGCUCGAUUAGAGACAGUACAAGAUAGCACCGCAGUGAAUCAACAUAUUGAACACCUUGAAUCUGUUGUGCAAAACUUGAACCAACAACUCUUGGAUGCUACACACCGAUCUAUGGAAAAAGACAGGCAGAUUGCCUCACUUCAACAACAACAGCAACAAUAUGAUACCAAACAUAAAAGCAAUGAACUAACAGUAUCACGUCACAGACGAACACUAUCUAAUCAGACUACACGCAGUAAUAAUCCUCAAGCAGAACAAGCUCAAUUGAUGCGCUGGAUCUAUGAAAACAUUGAUGACCCUACUGGUCGUUCUGAAGUGAUUCAAAAGUUCUCUCAAAUGUCUGAUGAUAAUGCGCAAUUGUCCAUGUGGAUUCAUGAUUUAGAAGCACAACUGUUCUCAGAACGACAACGUAUGGCACAAGAAAACAAAAGCUUGGAAUGCGAAGUCAUGAAUUUAGCACUUCAGUUAGAGAAAGAACCUGUCAAACGAAGAAGUCGUUCCUCAACACAAAGCAAACUAGAACGAUCCUCUGUCUUAUCUGCUGCUGAGCAGCGAUCACGAUCACCUAUCAGUAGCUUCCCUCCUCCACCAACAGAACCACCAAGUGAACCUUUACCUCCUGUACCAGCACCAUCAUCAUCUAAAAAACAAAGCCGUGUCUCAGACAUUGUAUCACAACUUGAAUCCUCUCAAUCUAAAGUCCAGGCUCAACAACAAGAACUUACUGCACAUCAUGGUGAGCUAGACGCUCUCAAGAAGCAAUUGGAAAACAUCUCUCUUGAACUUGAAAAUGAACGCAAACUAAAACAAAAAGCUGAAAAAGCUCAUCAAAUCUUGGAAAGACGCAUAGAAGAUUUAAUGACAAAUAAAAAGAACAAGUUCCGUUGCUUUUAAGAUAACUUCUUUUGUGCAUCAUUGAAUUUUCUGAUGGUUAAUUUACAUUCUGUUUCUCUACACAAGUCUGGCAAUUGAGUAGUGUUGAGUUGAUUAAAGAAAGUGAGACCUGCUCCGCGUUCAACAGCGUCUAGGGGUACUUUGAAUGCUGUCAAGGGUGUUUGAUCGGGAAUGGGUUGAUUGGGUAACACGAAUGCACCCACAGUGUAGCGACCUUGAUGGUGUGUCAAGAUGACCUUGUAAAAAUGAGUAGGUACAGCGACAUUGGGAGGGUUGCCAAUCAUUUGAUAUUUGACAUAAAAUUUGCCAUCAGCUUCUUGAUGGGGUAAAUAUAAAGGACCAGUGAACACAUAGACAUCAGAGAAUUUUUGAGUCAAUUCUCUGCAAAAAUGUUCAAGAUGAGCCCAGUCUAAUGAAAAUCAUGUUAGCUCAAGC